AUGUUAAUGUUAAAAGCUCUCUUUGACACGUUCAUUGCAACGGCUAAUGGUUUUUGUUUAUUAUAUUUAGAUGAUCGUCGCGAUACACCUCGCGACACACCCGAUCUCCUCCUCGACAAGCUAGUGACCUGGCACAGGGAAAAUGGUUCGGAGCGGGAUCCACCGCCGGUUCUUAACAUCGAUGACGUACAGUUUCUGUUCAUCAAUGCACAGGACUUGUACUUUGUAUGCACCACAAAAUUCAAUGUUUCGCCCUUUACGAUUUUCGAAUUACUUGGCCGCAUAGCAACGCUGAUUAAGGAUUUCUGCGGAAGCUUGAACGAAGAAAUUUUAAGAUUAAAUUCGGGUCUGGUUUAUGAAAUACUGGAUGAGGUCAUUGACUACGGUUAUCCGCAGACAACCUCAACAGUUAAAUUAAAGUUGAGCGCAUAUGAGGAACCCAUUCCCGUGAAACGGGAUAAUAUUAUUAUGAAUUCCUUAGCGAAGUUAAAACCUUCUGCUAUCAGCACGGGAAGUUCGAGUAAUAGGCCGAUAACCUUGCGUGACGAAAAAAAUAGCGAAGUCUUUAUUGAUGUGGUUGAACGGGUCGUGGCUUCUUUCGCCUCAAACGGAAUGACAGUGCAGGCCGAAAUUAACGGCGCAAUACAGGUGAAGAGUUAUCUGCAAGGCAAUCCGGAAAUCUCCUUGGGUCUCAACUCCAACAUUGUGCUCGGUCGAGAUUCCGAGAUUACGGGUAAUCACCUAUGA